CGCAGCCUCCCGGGGCGGGUUGGGGCGCCCGAGGUCCCCGAACCCGCCCCGCGAGCGGCGACCCCGCUCUGAGGGGAGCCCCCGGGCCGGCACGGCGAGCUCCCAGGACAGACAGGUCUCGCUGGCCUCUGCCGCCCCUGGGUAGCUGGUGACGGGCAGCAGCAACAGCUGGACCUGGUGCUUCUCUUCUCAAGGAAACGUGUUGCCAUUCCUUUUCACUACCGCAGUUUCGGCGUUAGGAACCGAGCUCCAAUAUCGGAUACGCCCGGGGAUUGAUGCAACGCGAAAGACAGCUUCCACCUAUUAUUUGCACUUAGCGCUCCUUGUAAAGAUGUGCUCGCCUCCUUUGAGGAAUAGCUUGCAGCCUUACCAGGUUGAUGAAACCUGAAGCUGGGUGUCCACAGAUCUCUCGCUGGAGAAGUAAAUGUGUGGGCAGACAUCUCUCAGGCACAGUCAGGUCUCUCAAGGGCCCUUACAGAAAUGACUACCCCAAACAAGACCCCACCUGGUGCUGAUCCAAAGCAGUUAGAGAGGACUGGUACUGUUAGAGAAAUAGGCUCACAAGCAGUUUGGUCUCUUUCAUCCUGUAAGCCAGGGUUUGGAGUGGAUCAGUUACGAGAUGAUAAUCUAGAAACUUACUGGCAGUCAGAUGGAUCACAACCUCAUUUGGUGAACAUCCAAUUUAGAAGAAAAACAACAGUGAAGACCUUAUGUAUUUAUGCAGACUACAAAUCUGAUGAAAGUUACACUCCAAGCAAAAUCUCUGUCCGAGUAGGAAAUAAUUUUCAUAAUCUCCAGGAAAUCCGGCAGCUGGAGUUAGUGGAACCCAGUGGCUGGAUCCAUGUUCCUCUAACAGACACUCACAAGAAACCCAUUCGCACCUUUAUGAUCCAGAUUGCUGUUCUAGCAAAUCACCAAAAUGGAAGAGACACUCAUAUGAGGCAAAUCAAAGUGUACACCCCUGUGGAGGAGAGCUCCAUUGGUAAAUUUCCCAGAUGUACAACAAUUGAUUUCAUGAUGUAUCGCUCCAUCAGAUAAAAUUUCCUCAUGAGGAAUAAUGAAGGUAUUUUUUCAUGACCAUAUCAUUGCUAAGUAUUCAGAUACUUAAAGAGCAGGGUUUACUUCAGUGUAAUUAUAUCUUUAUGUUUAUACUUUGUACAAUUUUGAAAUAAAGAUAAUUUUAUGUUA